AGAAUUAGACGGAUUUUAGGACCCAGCGUAUAGAGUAGAAAUGUUUACGUAUCAACGAAUUGAAGGGGUAAAGAUUGGAUAAUCCUCCCGUAGCCUGUUGUUAUGCGCCGCGUUUAGGUAGUAUGUCGCGUGAACAUCGUGUAAGUGUCGUCAGGUGCGAAUACAAUUCUGUUGCACCGCGCUGAGGGUAGACGAAUGUAGUCGCGAUAUCUUCUGUGCGCACGCUUGAUCAAGCAUACUUUAGUGCAUAUAUUCGUGUUCAAGUUGUCCUAUUUUAAGUUUCAAGUAGAGUCAUGUAAAUAAUGUCUUUGAAAUAGAUGGAUUCCGCGUGGUAUUUUGUGCUGGGUGUCCGGAUGUGCAGCUUUACGAUCAAGCUCAGAAAUAUCCUCCGGUAACAUUCUCAGCUCUGUGGAGUGCGUCCCGAUCCCAGGAGCGAGCGGGGGAGCGCCGCGACGUUGAUGCGUUCUCCCAGAAGCCCCGGCUCCCUGGAGCGAUGAGCGCGGGCCCCGGGUCGGAGGCGGAGCCGGAUUCCGAGCACGGCUCCGAGCUGGAGGACAUGGUGUCGGCCAUCGCCGUCUCGGCCGGCCGGGGGGCGGCGCCGCCGGGGGCGAAGAACGGAGCGCCCCGACGGCUCCGCCUCGCCGACAGGACGCUGUCCCUGCAGGAGCGCGAGGCCUACCACGGCUCCUCCAGGCUGGCCCGCAGGCCCACCGUCGAGUCCAAGCACGUGUCCGUCUCCGACGCCCCGGACUGCGUCCAGCUGAACCAGUACAAGCUGAAGAGCGAGAUAGGAAAGGGUUCAUAUGGGGUGGUGAAGCUGGCCUACAAUGAAGAUGAUGACAAGUAUUAUGCAAUGAAAGUUGUUUCGAAGAAGAAGCUGAUGAAACAGUACGGAUUUCCACGUCGCCCCCCGCCUCGUGGGGCCCAGACUGCUCAGGGGGAUCGGGCCAAGGUUCUGGGUCCUCUGGACAGGGUAUACCAAGAGAUCGCCAUCUUGAAGAAACUGGACCACCUCAACAUUGUCAGGCUUGUGGAGGUUCUGGAUGAUCCUGCUGGUGAUAACCUUCACAUGGCAUUUGAAUUGAUGCAGAAAGGCCCGGUGAUGGAGGUUCCCUCCGAAAAUCCUUUCACCGAGGAGCAGACCCGCCUCUACUUCAGAGACAUUGUCCUGGGCAUUGAGUACUUGCACUAUCAGAAGAUCAUCCACCGGGACAUCAAGCCCUCCAACCUGCUGCUGGGAGACGACGGGCGGGUCAAGAUCGCCGACUUCGGGGUCAGCAACGUGUUCGAGGGGAGCGACGCGCUCCUGAGCAGCACGGUCGGGACGCCCGCCUUCAUGGCGCCGGAGACGCUCAGCGACGACUACAAGAUCUUCAGCGGGAAGGCCCUGGACGUCUGGGCGAUGGGAGUCACGCUGUAUUGUUUCGUGUUUGGAAAGUGCCCUUUUAUCGAUGAGUACAUCCUGGCUCUGCACAAUAAGAUCAGGAGCGAGCCCGUGGAGCUUCCCGAGACGCCAGCCAUCAGUGAAGACCUGCAUGAGCUCAUCCUGAGAAUGCUGGAGAAGGACCCGGCCUUGAGGAUCACCAUUCCUGAGAUCAAGGUCCAUCCGUGGGUGACCCAGGGCGGCUCCGACCCCCUGCCUCUGGAGGAGGAGCACUGCACCGUGGUGGAGGUGACGGAGGAGGAGGUGCAGAAUUCCGUCAAGCUGGUUCCCAGCCUGUCUGCGGUGAUCCUGGUGAAGUCCAUGCUCAGGAAGCGUUCCUUUGGCAACCCUUUUGAGUGUCCUGGAAAGACGGAGAGGUCCAUGUCUGCCCCAGGAAGUCUCCUUAUGGACUCGCGACUCCUCCGAUCCUCACUAAGGAAAAACAGCAGUGGGGAUGGGAGCAGAGAGGGAGAGCUGGAGGACCUGCAGGAAGAUGAGCCUUUGCCCUGAGCGUGCCAGGAAGCCCCGCCCCCUCCCCUUGGGGUACCCCCCUCUCCCCCGGCCCUCCCCUUGGGGUACCCCCCUCCCCCCCUGCCCUCUCCUUGGGGUACCCCCCUCCAGCACCAUUCCAGACACAGCAUUUUUGCUCACAGAAACACUUAGAAAGUUCCGGUUUUUGGUUUUCAACCAGGCUUGCUUUAAUAAUGCAUUUACACAGACUAUGAUUUUUUAAAAAUAUUUUUGAAAUGGCUUGGAAUAGAUACGACUCAACUCCCUACUGUCCAUAAGGCAAAACAGGCACCAAAUUCUUAAAAGCUUGUGGAUGACCCACGCAGUCUGACUAUGGAAAUGUCAGAAUUCUUUUUUCGAUGUGUUUGGUACUCUAUUUCCCCAGAGGUAUAUUUGGGGGGUGGUUUGGGUAGGGGGUGCGGCUUUUCACUGCAAUGGUGUUUGUGCUCCAUACGCUCACGAGACAGAUAUCUGUAUUUUAAAAGCUAAAAUGUGCAAUUGAUAUGAUAAGCACUAUUAAAUUGGGAGGCUGCUCGGUGCCUGAUUGCUUCCAUUCUCUGUGCCUGAAAGGCAUUUCCUCUGUGACAAAAGAAGGAUUUAUUUGGUUGGAGUGCAGCGAUCGCGAGGAUCACAGUGUAAUCAAAUGGAGCGGCUUGCAGGGUACUACCACUUGUUCUGUACGAAUGGUGAUUUUUGAGCGGGCUGAGUUGAGACUUCAUUGCAGCUAAUUGCCAGUGAUUGUGUAUUGUGCCAAAAAAUGAAAGUUUAUGAAGAACAAACAAACAAUCGAUCGUGUGUAGCUUUGGAAUAUUAGAAGGCAGGAGAAUUGUUAGAAUUUUGUAAUAGAGCUUUGGGGGGAGGGGGGGUGGGGUGGAAUACCAGUAACUUUUCUGCCUUCCAACGGGAUUAGGAAGAGCUUUGAAAUACUUUAUAUUUUCUUUACCUUGUCCCACCAGUCUAAAAUUGGGGAAAAAAAGGUCCUGAUGUUUUGUAUUUGACUUGAUUUUUAGUUAAUAUGCUGAGUAGAAGAAAGGGAGGGGCAGGAAGUGACAUCAUAAUUCUGUUAAUUAUGUAGAAUUAACAUUGUCGGAACAUUUCAAGUGGGUUUAGGCAUGUUAAAACUUUUUUUUUUUGGUUCCAUACUCUCAUGUUCAUAAAAUUACCUCUGAAUUUUUAUAGAAAUUUUGAUAUAACAAUGUUUAUCUCUAGAUCUUUCAUAACAGGAUUUUGAGCAAAUUGUUAAAAUAAUUUGUGGUUUGGAAAAAAAUGCAGCGAUUAUCUUGAUCAUGUGCUGACGAUGACCCCAAUAUUACUGUACAGUGAGCAAUACAAACCAUCCCAGAGACAAUCUUUGGAAAGAAAUUUGAAUGGCUUAACUUGCUAUUUUUUGUUUGAACCACUAACCAUUAAAUAUAAAUACAUAAAAUGUUUUUUUUUUUUUUUGGUAACUGGCAUCCUAUAUCGCUGUAAUAUUAGCAUUUUCAAAAACUGUAAUUACAAUGGGAAAAAAUGAAACUCUUACCAUGUAUGAUUCAACCUGAUGAGGAUUAGAUCCAUAUGCAAUUAGUGUUUUUGAUGUUUUGGUGUGAGCCAUAGAUUACACUGAAAGUGUUGCAUUUUGAUAUAUGUGUACCAGGGUGAGUUGCAUAGGUUCCGUGCAUGGCUGAUCUGAGCUCACUAUAAUGUCUCAGUCACUGUUGUGCUUCUAAUGAAAUGAUCACAAUGAGGUUAGUGCAGUUUGGGGAAAAAAACAUGCUCUGCUUUUCCCAACAACAACAACAACAACAACAACAACAAAAAAAACAGCAGAUGGUGUUUUCCUCGUUUACGCGUCUCAUCUUCACGAGCAUCUGGUCACUGUUUCUUCUGAAGUGACACCCAUCAAAAAAAAAAAGAAAUAAUGAAAUCUUUCCAUCUCAGUUUCCAGACCAUUUCAUCAGUCCUUCAUUAGUAUGCAGAGGUGCCUCUGACACAAUGCUAAUGCUAAACACUGUACUAGGGCGCAUUACAUUAUGUGUUUGUUCAUAUGUGUGCCUGUGUUGUGUACUGUACCAUCUUGAUCAGAGGAGAUGCAAUGCAAUAUUCUUUUGGCCCCAUCUGUGCACUGUGGGAAGUGUGCAACUUGGUCCUCAACCAAAAUUCAGUUAUAUGUUUAGCAUACAGGAAAGAAAACUGUAGGCUGGAAGUGAGCUAAAUUGCAUGUGAUGGUUAGCCUUUCUCUGUUCCCAUUUUACACCUAAGUACAGUAGCUUGGUUAGACACGGUGGGUUCAUUCGACACUGUCAUCUUUGCCCGUGUUCAAGCCACUGCUGGAACUUGCUUUGAGUUCGAGUAUGGAUUCAAGAUUCUCAAAUUGGUAAUGAAAAUAAUAACAAAGUGAUUUGCCACUACCCUGUUGUACCACAUAAUGUGUCAUCAAGACUUAUUUCGAAGGGGAGAAAUGCUACUGUGUGUAUCGGAGGUGCAAUAUCACGUCUAUCCAUCUUUGUGUUUUUCUUUUUUACACCCUAAUGUGACCAUUGUUUUCCCAGUCUUACCCGUUUUCUCACUUGUAGUGUACGCUAUGCAUGAUGUGGACAGGCUGUUAUGUGUCGGGAUAUUGGAUCUUAUUGUUUAUACUCGGUAGUUUCAUGCAUUUGUCGAUAUCCCAGCCAGGUUCCCUGGUGUGUAAAGUGAUUCAGUUUUCCUUAUGAAGUUCUUCUAAUGCAUAACGUAUACAGUAAACACUCAUAAAAAGCAAUUUCUGAAUACAGUGUGGAAGCAGGAUGAGGGGGUGCUUUAUUUUAUAACGCUUAUUUAUAAUCGUACCUUUAGCCCGAAUGGAAGAAAAGGUUCAACUGCAAAAUAUACCAUACUGAGCAAAAACAUUGAGGACUAGGAGUAAAGAUAUACAAAGCAGGUGACAAAUAAACCUGAUCAUUUUAGUAUUGCUGUUAUUAAUCAAGCUUUUAUUUAAAAGUGCGACUUGUGAAUGUAUAAGAUUUUUUUUUAAAAAUUUUUAAUGUUGGCCAGUUGUAAAGCAGUACCCUGGACGCUCUUAUAAGUUGUCUUCACUUUGCAUGAUGCAUCUGUUCUCCAAAUGCAGCUGUUUGAGUGUAAAUAAGUACUAACACACAUACUAUUUUUGCAUGUUUUUAUACUGUAUAUACUUCGAGGCAAUAAACGUCAGCGUCCACAGAGAAA